AUGUCGUCCGCCUCCUUGUCUGAGCCCUCGGGCUCCCUCAAGGCUUCUGGACCGUUCUUCCGCUCGGUACCUUUCCAGAUCCUGGUAGCAUGUGGUGUUUCGUUCACGGCUCCAGGAAUGUGGGAUGCGCUUGGUGGGUUAGGGGCUGGAGGAGCCGCUGAACCUUACGCCGUCUCUGCCGCCAACGCCCUCGUUUAUGGACUCUUCGCUGUGGUCUGCGUCGCUGCCGGAGCUAUCAACAACCGUAUCGGCUUGAAGUAUGGUCUUGCGUUGGGUGCCAUCGGGUAUCCACUGUACGGUGCAGGUCUUUACACUAACAACGUCUCUGCAAACACAUGGUUCAUGUUGUUUGGCAGUGCUCUUUGCGGUAUCUCAGCUGGUUUCUUCUGGGCUGCUGAAGCUGCUAUCAUCAUCGGGUAUCCGUCGCCUGGAGACCGCGCGUUUUACCUCGCUAUCUGGCAGACUGCAAAGGCACUUGGACCGAUCGUAGGAGGCGCCAUCAAUCUCGGACUGAACGCAAACAAAAAGACCACUGGAUCCGUUUCCUCAACGACAUAUAUCGUAUUCAUCGUCAUUAUGUGUCUUGGUCUCCCAGUCGCAAUGUGCUUGUCGCCAGCACAAAAAGUUUGGCGAAAAGAUGGCACGAGGAUCGUCACUGAGCGCGCCGCGACAUGGGGUGCUGAGUUCAAGGCCGUUGGCAAGCUGUUUAUCAGUCGUCGCAUAUUGCUUCUGCUGCCAGCUUUCUUCAUCAGCUACUUUUACAACGGCUUCAUGAGCACAUGGUUGACGACAUACUUCACCGUCCGAGCUCGCGCAUUCUCCUCGUUCUUCACCAAUUUUUCCGGUAUCUUCUCCUCGUUCAUCAUCGCCUUCCUGCUCGACAACCAGAAGAUUCACAUCAAGACGCGUGGUCGCGUUGCAUUCUGUUGCAUCAUCACCCUCUUGGUUGGUACGUGGAUUUGGGCAACAAUCCUCCAGAAGCAGAACUACGAUGCGUUAGAGUCCCCGGUGUUUGAUUGGUUCCAAGGUGGCUUUGGAAAGAGCUAUGCGCUCGUUUUCUUCUGGCAGUUUGGCGGUCAAGCCUUCCAGCAAUUCCUCUAUUGGCUAGUUGGCCAGUAUGCGACGGAUCUUUCCAAUUUGAGCCAUCUUACCGGUAUCUUGAGAGGUGUAGAAGCGCUGGGUCAAACCGUUGCUUGGGCCAUGCAAUCGGAAGGUGGUGCGAAUCACUUUGUCAGCAUUGGUCUCAACUUUGGCAUCACGGUGCUGUGCGUCUUCCCUACCUGGAUCGUGUUGUCAGAACUGGAGAAGAGCCACGAGGUUCGCGUCACAGAGGAAAUAGUACAAGACAAGACUCUAAGCGAUACAGCUUGA